CAUUUGGAGGAUAUCUGUACCGUCCUGACAUUUGGGGGAUAUCUGUACCGUCCUGACAUUUGGGGGAUAUCUGUACGUGUCCUGACAUUGGGGGAUAUCUGUACCGUCCUGACAUUUGGGGGAUAUCUGUACCGCCCUGACAUUUGGGGGAUAUCUGUACCGUCCUGACAUUUGGGGGAUAUCUGUACCGUCCUGACAUUUGGGGGAUAUCUGUACCGUCCUGACAUUUGGGGGAUAAUCUGU